AUGGCGGAGAAAUUCCCCGAGCUGUUCCCCGCGGACGGGGACACAGACAACCUGAGACAGUACCUGAACCAGGGGGACAUCAAAUUCGAAAAUGAAGACCUGAAAAGAGAAAGGGAACAAAUAAAAAACGACCCCCAGUUCGUGCAGUGCGUAAAAAACAUAUGGACAAAUGUGCUUAACAAACCCAUGGAUGGAAAAUUCACAAAAGUCGAGUAUUUUAAAAUAAUGCUAAGAAUUUGUAAAGUACUAAUACCCCAAUUUGACAUAAAGGAGGUUAUAAAAAUAGUAAGUGACGAAUGGAACAAUGACUGUAAAGGGAACAAGUACCUAAACUUUGAGUCUUUUUUUAAUGCGUUUUUUGAACUAACGGAUAUUUGGACGCCAACAAUAAAUGCUAGCGAUUAUUCUCACUUUUUGAAGACGCUAUUUUACAGAAUCACCUUUAUCGAAAUUAGAAAAAAAAAUGGAGAAAUUGUAAAGAAGAAACCGGUCAUUAUGAUACAUUUCAGGAGAAAAGAAAAUAGGAAAAAGCCAAAAUUGUCUCUUUUUGAGAACCCAAUUUUGGGUUCUAAAAAUGAACAGAAUCAAUAUGAUGGAUGUAGUAGCUUUAUCAAAAAUAUGAAAUCUAUAAAAAAGCUAUCUACCCAAGUGGAACAAUUUAAAAAACAAUUCACAAAACGAUUUAGCGAUAGCUAUAAAAUUCAGGAGUCCUUCCUUUACGAGGAUGACCUAGACGCACAGGACAUCUUGGACCAGAACCUGUUUGAAAAUUUACUCAACAAUAGAAAUAACGAUUCGUAUUUACAGAGGAAUAUUGUUUUGCUUGACGUGGAUGAGAUAAACCCGCUCGAGUACCUUGAUGAGACGGACUCUGAGGAGUACUCACACGGCCGCGCUUACUCCGCUAGUAAGGAUGACGAGCUCCCUCCAACCGAAAAAGGAAGGACCGAAAAAGAGUCCAAACGGACGAAAGAACAGAGGAACCAACUGACAGAUGAUCCAACGGAGGGGAAAGAGAAACUAUCCAUUGAACCGAUAGACAAGUCUCACUCAGGCAUCCAGGGCAGCAUCGCCAAAAGGAACACCUUCACCUUCGCAGUGAAAACGGAAAAGCAGAGUGGGGAAGAUGAAGACGCGGAAAAAGGAAGGAGGAAGACAGAGGGAUCGUUAGCAGACGGAAUGCACGUACUGAAGGAAAUUCAGGAGAGAACCAAAAGGUCAAGCACAGAUGAACCGGACGAAGCCAAUAAAACUGAUUCAGCGAAGGGGGCGACCGCCGAGGAAGGUAAGGAAAAAGUUAGCUUGGAAAACUCCCUCCUCAUUGACGGAAUAAACUUUGCUGAGUUCACCAAGGAGUGCAAAAUUGUAGACUUGAAUGAGCACAAGGGGGGUGACGUUGCCGAUGGGAAAGACACAGAUGCAGAGGAGAGGGACCCUUUGAGUGAUCUCAUCCCGACGGAGCAAAGACACUUCCUUCGCCUGGACUCGAACCUGGAUUUAGACGAGGAGACACUUAGGAGGGAACCCCGGGGGGAGUUCCCCCAGCUGGACCAAGGGGGGGAAACGAAAGGGGAAACGGAAAUAGAAGCGAAAAUGAAAAUCAAAGGGGAAGCCAACGGCGAAGCGAAAAGCGACGUGGAGGGAAACUCAACCGAUGACCUAGGCAGGGAGGAUCCCACGCAAAGCUCCCCACGAGGCAGAAGGGAGAAGAAGGUCCAGAGGGGUGCCACUCAGGGGGAAGAAGAAGUAGUGGAGGGAGAUAUAGACGCAUCCGUUGGGGAAGGGAAAAAAGGUUCACAGCUUGGCGAAGGAGAAAAAGUUAUUCCCCCCGGAGAAGGAAAAGAGGCCGCUCUCCCGUCUUAUGGUGAUGAUAAAGUGCCAACUCAAAAAGGGAAAGAAGACACCCCUGUGGAGGAAGAAGCCUCACUUGUGAAUCAACUCAAAGACGAGUCAGACAAAACGGUGGUGCAGAAUAGGUUCGAAGAGGGAGGAAGUCCUAGUGCAACCGACGGUGUAGAAAAGGAAGAAGCUAAGGAUGACCCGAACGGAUCGGAUGAAGAAUACUUGGAUGCGCUGAAAAGCAAUUUGACAACAGGGGGAGGAGAGGACAAAGUUAGCGCUCCCAACGAUGAGGAAGAAGGUAGGUCCAAAAAAUCAAUCGACCUGCUUAAGGCUAAAAACUACCUCGAGAAUGAGAAACGCACUUUGGAGGAGCUAAAACAGGAGAAGGACAAAUUUAGAAAGGAGAAAAAAAACGACACAUCCAUGGGGGAACUGCUGGAGGAAAGUCGGACCCACUUGGACAAACAACCCAGCGGGAAUGACACUGAAGGUGCAUCGGCUAGGAAGGUUCUCCUUGGAGAUGAGUCAGCCGACUCCACCUUCAACAUAAAGGACAUUUCUUUUGAUGAUAAAUUGGAUAAAGAAGUGAGGGCGAAGGAAGAGGGGGAUGAAGCAGCAAAGGAAGAAGAAGCAACCAAGGAGGAGGAAGCAGCACCAGAGGGGGAAGGUACACCCAAUGGGGAGGAUGAAAUAAAAGUGGGGGAUAUCGUUGAACGUGGGGAGGAGGCAACCGAAGAGGAGAACGCGCAGCUGAACCAACAGAGAGAGCUCUUCGAAACGGUGAACAAAGACAUGGAAAAUAAAAUGGACUCCUACAAAGGAAACGUUGACAUAUUUAUGAAAAAGAUGAAAAGGAGGAGCACUUCCAAGGGAGAGGUGGCAGGGGGGAAAGGAAAAGAGGAGAUCAUUGGUGAGCGUAUUUAUCGCCCUGAUUUUGUUGAGCAGUCCGAGGAAGAGUAUGCAGACUGGGAGGACGAACCGAGAGACGGAGACUCCCAGGUGAACGGGUUCGGCAGUACGGAUAGCCAAGGGGAGACCAACACCUCCCAACAGAAAGACGAAUUGCUCCACAGCUUAGACAUUAAAAAGGACAACUAUGAAAGGAACCAAAAUGAUAAAAGCGGGACCUCACCCUUGGAUAUAAACAAGACCUUCAAUGAAAUGGGAAAAAUAUUAAAUGAAGUAAUAAUUCAAAGUGAGGUAGCCGUUUCGAGGAAGAGUCGCCAAGAAGAGUUGUUAGGAAGUGUCUCCCCAACUGAAGGAUCAUAUUUGGUGGGUGAAGAAAUUGAGCAUGAGCUCGUGAAGGACAUAAUCCGUAACCAAGACGUUGUGAGGAGUAUUCUGUUUGAUGAGAAUGAACUCGAGGGAAGUGGACACACCGGUGGGGAGAGUCAAACGGGGGAAAGGGCCACCACAUCUGUUCGAAAGGAAGACAAACAGAAGGAAGUUCUCACAGAGGGGGCACUUCAUACUGGCAUAGGUGAGGCAGCCCCCAUUGCUGAUCAGAACGCUGUGGAAAGGGUUAACACUAGUGAUGAGAGAGAAUUGGUGAGCCACCCCAGUGAGGAGAAAUGUGCGUCAUUAGAGAGGAGUGCAAAUAGCGGUGAAAAGGAUGACAGGGUCGACCACCUAGGCGGGGCGAAGCAUGAACCGCUAGAGAAGGGCAAAAGUGACCGGUCGGAUGAGCAGACCAUGAAGGAGCAGGUGUCUCCAGAAUUGACCAUGAAAGUAGCGGAGUCACCUAGACAGGCCAUUGAAAAAGUAGAGCCUAGAGAACCUGCCUUGAAGGAAGUCGAGACACCUGAACGAACCACGAAAAAUAUGGAGGCUACAGAAUCGGCCUUGAAAGAAGUCGAGACUCCUAGACAGGCCAUGGAAGUAGUGGAGACAACUGGACAGGUCAUCGAAAAAGUGGAGGGUACAGAACGGGACUUGAAAGAAAUAGAGGGUACAGAACGGGCCAUGAACGAGGAGGGGUCUCCAGAACGGGACUUGAAAGAAGCGGCGUCUACAGUAUCGGCCAUGCAAAAAGUGGAGUCUACAGAAACGGUCAUGAAAGAAGUGGAGAUUACAAAAUUGACCAUGAAAGUAGUGGAGACACCUGGGCAAGCUACCCAAGAAAUGAACCCCCCCGGAGAGCCCAUGAAGGGGGAGGCAUCUCCUGGAAAAUGCGGAGAGGGAGGUGCACAGGAUGGAGGCAUCACCGAGGCAAACUUCACCGUAGGUGCACCGCUAGUGCAAGCACUACUACCUGGGGGAGCAACGGAGGAGGGAGUAUCCAACCCUACAGAAAUGGCAAACCCUACAGAAAUGGCAAAUCCUACUGAAAUGGCUAACCCUACUGAAAUAGUCAACCCUGCUGAUACUUCCAACCCUGCUGAUACUUCCAACCCUGCCGACACGACCAACCGCCUGAAGAAGAAGUACCUGCUGAUGGAGGAUUCUCACAAAAUGAGAAACUUCAUCAAAAUAAACAAAAGGAACAAAAAGGAAAACUUUGUAAUAAUUUCCAGACGGAGAGAAAAGUACGUCUACAGUUUUGCCAGAAGGUUAAGAAUCGACCUCAUUGAUCCUCUUUUAGUACUGAGAAGAAAUGUUACUUUAGAGGAUCGCUUCUUGUCUCCACUUGGGAAGUUAAUUAAUGCAGAUUUAAAGGACGGGAAGAGCAUCGACUGUAAGAAGGUGAUGGACCUAACGUUGGAAUUUCUUAACAGUAUCAUUUCGAAGAAUAAUGGCUCCCUGUUAUACUUGACGGGAAAGUUUCUUCCUUACUGUGAGUAUUUUCUGAACAAAUGGAAGAAGCUCUCCUCUUUGAAUUAUCUGAAUUAUAUGAGUUUCCUUAACAUGAACUGCAUGAAAAAUGUAACACAGGGGAUAGAUGUAUCCAAUUUUCUCGUGGAGGAUCGUAACUUAAUUCUUGCCAACCCGUUUAAGGACAGCUUCCCCCUUUUCUGCGUCAUUCUGCAGGAGCACGAGGGGGUGGGCAGGCACGAGGAAGGAACCCACGUGGAGCGCAUCUAUGAGGACUUGCUGAACCUCUUCCGCAAAAGUAGUUCGAGAUCCAUCCAACUGAUAAACGUUGAUGGGAAGGAUGUGCAUCUGGGUGACAAUAUAGGGAAAGGCAAAAAGGAAAAAACGAGUAACUCAUCCGGAGUUUCCCCUUCUGUGGGUUCUAGCGCGGCCGAUUCGGAGGGACAAGGUGAUAACCCCUCGGGGGAAGCUUCAGAGGGGAAGUCUACAAAUGAGCAGUUUGAUGGAGAGGACGAACAGAUGCUACAAGUGUUAGAGAAGGAACGGCUAGCAGACGCUAAGAACACUGCGAACGUUUCGGACCCGCCUGAAACUGCCGAUGAGGACGUGGACGCAGAGGAGGAAUGUCUGACCGUGGGAGGGUCGGAGGAAAACUACGCCCAAGCGCAAGGGGGGAUCGCCACGGAGAAGGAUAACGCGGAUGGGGAUGAGACCGACGAGGACAUCACAGAUGAUAGCAGCACCGAUGAGGAAAGCACUGAUGAAGACAGUAUGGAUGAGGAUAGCACCGACGAGGAAGAAGGCAAGGACACCUCCCCCCGUAGACAACCCAGCAAAGAGAACACCGACGCAAAGCGAACCCACCGUGGAAUCCUAAACGUGGAAAAUAUAAGUGAAAACUACUUCAGCCAAAUGGGUAAGGAAAUGUGUUACGUGUACAGGUGUGACGAUCCUGAGAAGUACUACAGGGAUUACUAUGCUGAGUUGAAGAGGAGCAUCCGUUGCAUGGAGUCGGAGAGGGACAUUCGUCUGUUGGUGGAGCGGGUGAACGAGUUGCACAAAAUAGACGCAACACGUGAAGUAAACGCUGCAGUGGAAGCAGACGAAUUGGCCGGACGGACGGAUGACGAUGUGGCCCUUACCGUGGCGGAAAAGUUUGGCAUCCGAGUCAUCCGCGUGGAUAUGGUUACCCAGAAGAGCAUAGGAAAAAAAGACAGACCGAAGGAGGACACCCUCUGGAAAAUUUUCCACGUUAACAUGAUCAGAAAUCAAUUUUCUUACCAUCUGAAAAAUAAUUUUUUUCCGUUCAAGUUCUGUCCGGAGAAGGGGUCUGGCGUUUUGGUGGUGAACCUGAAGAGGAGGAUCCCAGGGAGGGAAUCCCCAUUGGAAGACGUUGCCACGGAAGGCGGUAUUGGUGAAUCUGAUCGUGGAAGACGAGUUGAUGACGUCGCCGAUCACGGGGAAGACGCAGACAGGGGGUCUGCCCAGUCGAGUGGGGUGGAGAUUAAUUCCCAUCAAGGGGACACCGCUCAACAAGAGCAAGCCAAGUCGAGCAGCGUCCAAAUGGCUAUGUUAAGAGGCCACCAAAAUAGGAAGUCAUUAGUAGGCCAAACGAAUCUGCGCUACUACCGUCACUGGGGUGCCUACUACAAGUACUGUCCCGUCACCUACGUCAACGAGAGGAGGUUUGUAAAAGGAAAGAAACAAUUCAUGGCGACCUACAAGAACAGAAUGUACCUACUGGACAGCGCUGAAAAAAUGAGAGAGUUUUUGAUGUACCCUAAAUUUUACUCCAGCAACAAGAUAAAGGAAAACAUAAGCUUUACCAUGGUGAUUUAUUUUUCCAGUAUGGACGUAAAGAAAAAAGUGAUGAACGUGGUGGGGAAGAGAGAAAGGGUGGUGCACAUAGACUUGGAGGACUACUUCCGGAGGUUCUUCCUCUGUGGGGAGGAUCUCACAUGCGACGCCGAACACGGGGCAGAAAAGGAAGGAGGAGAAUGUUAUACCAACGUUGAUACCUACAUGUUUGAGAUUAAUAGACUCGUGGAGGGAGAAACCGUAUCGCCCCUCUUCAUCGUUCGGUACCUGUGCAUGCGGAUGAACAAGGCACACUCCUUCAAUGUGUUCGUCCUGCGUAAAGUAGAGGAAGCGAUUCACGAUCUGAGGCAGCAAUUCGAACGCGCCUUUGGUGGGGAAAACGUAAAUGAGGUGAACUGUAAGGAGGAGGAUUCUCCAGUUAAUGAUCCCAUAGAAGAGGACUCCGUUGAUGAUGAUCCUACAGAGGAUGAUCCAACAGACGAUGAUCCUGCAGAAGAUGACCCUCCAGAGGAUACCCCCCAGAAAAGAAUUUCCCUAAAGGCAGUUAAAAUUAGGGCCUUACACAGUUUACUAAUAACGCAAGGAAGAUCCUCCCAGGGGAGCGUCCAAUUCAGUUCCCUGCUGAGUGACCUAUUUAAGUGCACCACGUUGAGCAGCAUAAACAGGACAAUUGAUCAGUUAAUCUGUUCGAUUUCGUUCCAGCUGGAGGAGGAAAAUGGGAAGUACGCCCAGGAGUUAGAAAGUGGAGGAGAUUCCCAGUUGGGAGAACCCUCCUUAGGUGGUCCCCCAUUGAGAACAGCCCCUCAAAGCACCCACUUCAUCGUAACGGGGCUGCCCUUGAAUAGCAAAGUUUACGAGUACCUAAAAAAAGUGAACAUCCAUAUAGACACUGUCAUCGCAUUUGACGUGAACAAAAAGGAGAAGAAACAAAUGAGAGAGAACAUCCACCAGGACAUACUCAGACAAACCCACAGAAGCAGCGAUGAUUUAAGUGAUAUCCCAUGGAGAGAAGACGCCAUGUAUGUUUGUAGUAAGCAAUACAAAAAAGAGAUUGAACGUUUGAAGAAAGCAAAGUACCAAGUGCACUACCUCAAAAUGGACACCGAGACGAAUGUGAACUAUUACGCAAAUGAAGUGAGAAAGUUACUCAACCCGUAUGUGCAUUCAUACUAUGACUACAGCGAGGUGCUGAGGGAUAACACCCUGGCAGAUAAGCUAAACUGCUCCUUCACCAAUGUAUACUGUCCUUAUGUUGUAUCGAAGCAUAACUGGUUGUACAAAACCUCGAAAGGUGUGAAGCUAGUCUAUGGUGGGAAGGUUCACCACCUGUCCAACCUGUAUAACGCUUUCCAUUUCUGCCAAAGCAAGGAAUCCUAUUCGGGAGAAUUCCCCGUGCCUCCCUUGAGAGUGCUACUUCUAACUGAUGAGGGGUGCCAUUUUGGGAAGGAAAUUGAGACCAUUGCAUGCAAAUUCUUUUUGCAAUGUAUAGACAUACAGAAGGAGUUCACUAAUGCAUUCGGACCCACCUGUGUUUACAUCCUUAAAUACGUCUACCUUUUCAAGCUUACCGAUAGAAUGAAUAGGAAGAAGAGGAACCACGUACUUCGAAACGUCGUUUUCUGUUCUAACUGGCUAGCUAAAUUUAAUGAUCGUGAAAUUCACCUGAACAAGGUAGAUGUGGACUACUUAGAGAACAACGUAAGCUGCGUGAACCCCUCGGAGGAGUACUCACUGGAGGAAGAACAGCAAAUGCUGGACGUGUUGUUCUCCCGCGUCAAGCCGUUCAACCUCCUUUUGAAUGUUGCCAAAAUUGUUGCCAUGCGGGUUGUCCUGCAUGAGAAGCUGGGCAAGUGCAUCAUUAGGUUCGCCCCCAGGGGUGGAUGUCUGUUCAGCGCGUCGUCGGGUGCGGACGUGAAGCGUUGCUUGGGCAGGAGCUUGCAGGGAAGCGUCGCUCAACGUGGUGCCGACGAGGUGGACCCUCCCCCACCAGAGGAGCUCCCCCAUGGAGGUGACUCCUCCGAUGGAACCCCCUCCGAAGGAACGGCUUCCCAAAGUGACGCCAUUUCAGAUGGUAACCCCUACGCCUACCUCCAGGACAACUCAAAGGUAGAACAAAUGAAAAAAACUUUUCUAAAAAAAAACGAAAAGGAAUUACUAAAAAGCAAGUACAGCUUCUUGGAAGAAAAGGUGUUAAACUCUUUUGAGAAAAUUUUGAAAUGCUCCUUCAGAAUACCUGAGCAUGUGAUUUACUUGAAGUGCGGUCUCAAAGCGUCGUGGGAAAAGGCUGGUUACUUCAACGAGGGAGGGGAAAUCCGCAGAAAAGGGGGGGAUGAUCCGAAGAAGGAACCAAUCACGGGAGACAACUCCAACGGGGAAACGAACGGACAAACGAAGCAACUAUUUGCGGAGGUAGAAAAAAAGCUACUCACGAAAAUAAAAAAGACAUCGAAGAAAAACCAGCAAGUCAUUAACCGAUUGAGGGAUAACACAAAUGUGUGGUGCAUCGACGCAGGGAAAAUACACGUGACUAAGGUGAAGGCAUCCAUAGAGACCAAGCUUAGAGGCAUACUCCAACAUAGGAACUGUCUGUUCCAUCAGAUGAACCUAAAGAGGGUAGACAAAGUAUGGGCCCAGUUUUUAAAAAAAAAUAACUACGCGAAAUUAUCAAAUUUUUAUUACUACUCUCCAGUUAACAUCGAUAGCAUCGUGGAUAUAGACACGGAGCACCUCCUUCUGUACAACUCGUUUUUGUUUUACUUCAAAACGGAGGAGGAGCUAGAUAUGUUUAGUAAGAACCCCAUUCGUUACUUAACACAGAUGAAACCAGACCCCUGCUUUGUCCUCCCCUUCGUCCUUAUCUACUCGGAUGCAAAAAUGGACGACUUGUACGAUGAGCUGGCGAAGAGCACAAAAUGUGCAGUGAUCCACUUGCAAAAUUUACUCUCCUUCGGUUUUCAAAUUGGAAAAUUUAAACAACUUAUUCAGACGAAUCGCUUGACCGAUGCAGAUAUUAUGGAACUCCUUCGCAUUCGGAUGAAUCAGUACGAUGUCCUCGCUCAUGGGUGCAUCCUGUGCAACCUGCCCUAUAGCAAGUUCCAACUGGAGCAUCUCCUCAAAGAGAAAAAAAUACCACACUUGGUUUUUAUACUGCACAAGGGGGAGAGACAACCCCCAAUGGGACCAACAUACUCUGAAAAUGCCGCCUCCAAAACAGGGGGGAAAAACCAUAUGCAUAGAAGAAGGCAGACACCCCCGCGCAGUGAAGGGACAUUCCCACAGUACUACCCAUUUGUGAAGUACAUCGAGCAUAUCUUCAAGCCAAAAUAUAACAAUGUGAUCCACGUAGAACACACAAACGUGUGGAAAAUGAAGUGCAAACUGACCAACGACAUAGAGAAGACAAUAGAGAACUACCAAAAGUACAACCGAUACAAGUAUAACAACAAGACGGCCUACUUCAAAGGGUUCAAUAUUGAAGAAAGGGAAAAUUACGAACAGGAAAUAAAGUUUGAUAACUACUGUCUAGUUACCUAUAAGAACAAAAACAUUUUACAAAAAUGCAACAUAUUCGAUCACUACACAGUGAACCAUGGCGGCCGCUUCUACCUAGUGAAUAGUCACGACGAGGUGGUUGCGUUCGAGAAGAACCCCACGGAAUUCACAGCCAUAGAGAAACCACUGGCUACAUUCGAAAAAGUAGAUCAAGUGGAAGAAAAUGAGACGAUAGAAAAUGAAGGCUUCUGCUUGGUGAGCUUGAGAGACCAAAACAAUUUCGUCAAGGGGAAUAAACAAUACUGCAUAAAGUACCAAGAAAAACUUUACCUAUUCGAAAAUGAAGAAAAAAUGGAAAAGUUUGUAAGUAAUCAUGAGGACUACUUAAACAAUCAAAACAUUUUCGAAAUUAUUUUUGAAAAAAUGAAAAACCAAAAUGAUGUCACCACGAUGGUUUAUCUGAAGACAUACUUGUAUGACAUUUUGUGUGAAGCAUUGUACGAGUUGGGAAAACACCGACCGCUUUACCCGGGGCUCAGCGUAAAGCUGAGUGCCAUUAAAUUUCUGGCCUUCUUCUUCUACAAGGAAAACAAACUCUUUUCAGCCCCCCUGCGGAGGUCCUACGAAAAGAACUUCCUCUCCUUCCUAAGUGACUGCCAAAUACCCAUACAUAUACAAAAACUCAGGGAGAAGUUUCAAACCAGUUGUACGAGCAAAAACCAGGACAUACGAAAACCAACAAAGAAGUGGACCAGGCGGGACGUGGAGAAAUACGAAUCGUUCGUAAAUCUGUAUGAUAAAAUAUUGUACUCGCAGAAGAGGGCAAGGACUGACUAA